CAGCAGGCGGCGCCACCGCGGCUUCAUUUCAAAGACGAGCCAGUCGGAACUCGCCGUCUGACAUACAGCAGCUUUCAACUCUUUAUUUCUCCAUCCUGCUGGUGUUUGUUGGCCAUCCGGAAGAGAUCUCAUUUCUUUAACAACAGAUCUGGACAUCAGACUGAAUGCAAUUUCACAGAGAGGCAAACAUCAGGAUGCAGGUUUAGACCUGCCUGUGUUCAAAGCUCCUGCAAGAGUGAACUGAAGUGGAGGCUUCAGAGGUCUGCGACGGGUCACUGAUGUCAGGCCAAAUCAGGUCUGCCAGUCAUGCGGACUGCCAGGUCACGGAGGAAUGCCACGUCCCAGCCGAUGUGGAACUGAUGGAGCUGGGUCCCCUGCUGGAAGAAAACGACGGCCCCGUAGGAGCCAAAGGAGUCCAGUCAGAGGGAGCAAGCGGUCUCGCUGAUGAUGAAGAGGAGGUUGAAGAAGUCGGAGAGGUUCUGACGCUGCCACUGCAGGCUCACCAUGCAAUGGAGAAGAUGGAGGAGUUUGUGCAUAAGGUCUGGGAGGGCCGCUGGAGGGUCAUUCCCUUUCACGUCCUGCCAGAGUGGCUGAAAGACAACGACUACCUCCUGCACGGUCAUCGGCCUCCCAUGCCCUCGUUCCGUGCCUGCUUUGGGAGCAUUUUCAGGAUCCACACAGAGACCGGGAAUAUCUGGACUCAUUUGUUGGGGUUAAUCUUAUUCUUGUGCCUAGGCACACUAACCAUGCUAAGGCCCAAUAUGUACUUCAUGGCCCCGUUGCAGGAGAAGGUGGUGUUUGGAAUGUUUUUCUUGGGUGCAGUGUUGUGCCUCAGCUUCUCCUGGCUUUUUCACACUGUCUACUGCCAUUCUGAGAAGGUCUCUCGCACUUUCUCCAAACUAGACUACUCUGGCAUUGCUUUGCUGAUCAUGGGCUCUUUUGUACCCUGGCUUUACUACUCCUUCUACUGCUCUCCUCAGCCGCGUCUCAUCUACCUCACAAUCGUCUGUGUGUUGGGCAUUGCAGCAAUCGUCGUUGCCCAGUGGGACCGAUUCUCCACUCCCCGCCACAGGCCCACCAGAGCAGGAGUUUUCAUGGGUCUUGGACUGAGUGGGAUCGUCCCCACCAUGCAUUUCACCAUUGAGGAGGGUUUCGUCAAGGCUACUACUGUUGGACAGAUGGGCUGGUUCUAUUUAAUGGGCGCCAUGUACAUCACAGGUGCUGGGCUGUAUGCUGCACGCAUCCCAGAGCGCUAUUUCCCGGGCAAGUGUGAUAUUUGGUUUCACUCGCACCAGAUAUUCCACGUGCUGGUGGUGGCAGCGGCCUUCAUCCAUUUCUACGGCGUGUCCAACCUGCAGGAGUUCCGCUACGGUCUCGAGGGCGGCUGCACUGAUGACACUCUCCUCUGAAGGCCCUACAAGCACAUUUCUUUUCAAUUAGGAUUUUUAGUGCCCACAUUUUUACUCAUUCCUUGAUUUGUUAUUUACCUUUGAGUUUUUUCCUGAUUGUUUCAACCUUUCUUUUUUUCCUGUUACAAAGAGUCCAUAAAUUUUCAUUUGAUGAACGUGGUUAAAGGGCACCGUAGGCUGAGCAAGUAUCCGAUAGCUGGAACAUGAUGACCCUUGUUAUCAUCAAACUUUAAUUUGAGCACAAUCUCUUGAGGUUUGAAUUCGUUUCUUUUGUAGUGAAAAGCACUUUCAUUGAGCUGUAAAGUUGCCCCCUCAGAAAAUACCGCAUAUACGUUUUCUAAGUGUAAACAAACAACUCUUUGGGCGCACACCCAAAGUAUUGCCCAAACUUUGAUGAAUAGAUCAAUGUCUUUGACAUCCUUGUAUUCAUACUGACUGGAAAAUGCACAAAGGGCAAAUAAGGGUUUGAGGGUUUUGGGCAAAAUUUACCUGCUUUGAACACUCAAAAUUUUUAACCUUUAGGUCAAAUGAAAAUAUAAACAGGUCAACUGUUGCACCUUACAGCACAGAUAUUGAAUUUCAUUGUUAUUAAGCCUCUCUGCAUGGGUUCAUCUGUGCAGUCUGUAAAAUAUAAACUUUCCUGUAAAGUAUAAGAAUAUUCCUGUGCCUUAGGCCACUGGAAAUAGGUUUAAAAUAGAUGGGCCAAAACUACAGUGUAGUAAAUUUGAUUAGCUUCAAACAUAGCUAGUUAGUUUACUUAGCAAGCAAUCCAAUCGCAUUAUUAAAAGGUUACAUAAAUAACAAAGAUAAGUUUGACCUUUACUGAUAAUCUUUCUCGAACUGCUGUUUGUAAAAAAGUAGUGUUUGAUCCUUUUUACGAAAUAAGCUAACUGUGUGGCUUUACGACAAAGACUAAACUAUCCAUAUAUUCAUGUGUUACGUGUAGAGGUGGUAAAUCAUUUACAUUUAACUGAAAUGUGAAAUGUUUCAAUAAAUAUUUAUGGAUCAUA